ACGCGGUAAAUUGGUCUUCCGGUUUUGCAGAAAGAGGGCAGCAUGGCAUCCGACAGCAACAUGGCCAACGUUAACGGACGAGGGACCGUCUCCCUGAACGGGGAGCCGGUGGUGAAGCGGCCACGGGAGAGCGUCCCCCAGGACCCUUCGCUCCGCACCCACAAGGAGCCUCAGAACAAAGUGACCGUGGUCCUCGGGGCGCAGUGGGGCGACGAGGGCAAAGGAAAAGUUGUGGACUUGCUCGCCAUGGAUGCGGACAUUGUAUGCAGGUGCCAGGGUGGAAACAACGCAGGUCACACAGUGGUCGUGGACUCCGUGGAGUACGACUUCCACCUGCUGCCCAGCGGGGUGCUCAACAAGAAGGCCGUCUCCUUCAUCGGUAACGGAGUGGUGAUACACCUCCCAGGUCUGUUUGAGGAGGCUGAAAAGAACCUGCGCAAAGGCAAAGGAUUACAAGGGUGGGAGGACAGACUAAAGAUCUCUGACAGAGCUCACAUCGUGUUCAACUUCCAUCAAGCUGUUGAUGGAAUCCAGGAGCAGCAGCGCCAGCAGCAAGAAGGGAAAAAUUUGGGAACGACUAAGAAGGGUAUCGGUCCAGCCUACUCCUCCAAGGCUGCUCGGAACGGCCUGCGAGUCUGUGACCUCGUUUCAGAUUUCAAGGUUUUUGAGGACAAGUUCCGUAUGUUGGCGGAACAUUUCCUGACCAUGUAUCCGAACCUCAACGUCAACAUUGACAGUGAACUGGAGCAGCUGAAGGGAUAUGCUGAGAGACUGCGCCCUCUGGUGACUGAUGGUGUGUACUUCAUGCACAAAGCUCUUACUGGACCCAGUAAGAAAAUCCUGGUGGAGGGAGCCAAUGCUGCUCUCCUGGAUAUUGACUUUGGUACAUAUCCUUUCGUGACGUCUUCUAACUGCACCGUUGGAGGCGUGUGCACCGGUCUUGGAGUGCCUCCAUCUUACGUGGGGCGAGUGUACGGCGUUGUUAAAGCAUACACCACGCGGGUGGGCGUUGGUGCGUUUCCAACGGAACAGGAUAAUGACAUCGGGGAGCUGUUACAGUCCAGAGGAAGAGAGGUUGGUGUGACGACAGGCAGGAAGAGGCGCUGUGGUUGGCUGGACCUGAUUUUAGUCAGAUAUGCCCACAUGGUCAAUGGCUUCUCUGCGAUUGCCCUGACGAAGCUGGACAUUUUGGACACACUGCCUGAGAUUAAAGUGGGCGUGGCCUACAAGGUUGAUGGACAACCUCUGCCUAGUUUCCCAGCAAACAUGGACGUUUUGACGCGGGUGUCGGUGGAGUAUGAGACAUUGCCCGGCUGGUGCUGCAGCACUGAGGCAGCUCGGAGCUUUGAGGAGCUGCCGUCGCAGGCACAGGAUUAUAUUCACUUCAUAGAGAACUUCCUGCAAGUGCCAGUGAAGUGGGUGGGAGUCGGCAAAUCCAGAGAAAGCAUGAUCAAACUCUUCUGAUCCCUCUGCCGCUUCCACACCUGCAGUCCUCGACCACAGUUCUGACAAGAACUUCAAGUUUUCAUAGGAGAAUGCAAACUCGAUCCUUUCACCAGCAAGGCUACUUGAACCUUAAGUUGCUGUUUGACAUCGAACGCGUCACAUUUCCAGUUAAUUUAUGCAUUCCACGUCAUUUCACCUAUUUAUAAGGGGGUUCAUUUUUAAACCCUGGCUUAAAUAAGUCAGUCAUUCUAUAGAUUCCUCAGUUAUUUUUAACAUUUCAGUUUACUUCUAUUCACAACUGCUCGCCACAGCCAUUUUUUUUUUUUUUUUUUUUUUUUUUUUACAUGUAUUUACAGAGCCACUGAUGAACAGAUGUAGAAACCUCUGUGUUAAGAGAGCGUCACAAUGACAGAUUAUUUUCAGGCUUUGUAAUGAAGUGGAUACUUAUAGCCAUUAAUGUGAACUUUUCUAUUGAACAAUUUUAAACAAGUCUAAAUAAAACACAUCUCCGUCUGAUGCAGUAUCGUUAGGAUCAUUGUUGAAAGAAGACCACAGCGCACAUUUUUCUAGCUUGGGAGAUAUGUUUUCCUACAUCGUCAAUAAUGUUAAAGGCUAACUGUUCUCAAUAAACUGAAACAGUGUUUAGUGUC